AUGUACAGCCAAGUCGAGCAUCCCGCCGGGGGCUACAAGAAGCUCUACGAGACGGUGGAGGAGCUGUCCUCUCCGAUGACCGCCAACGUCACAGGCAGGAUUCCCACCUGGCUGCGCGGAAGCCUCCUGAGAUGCGGCCCCGGCUUGUUCGAGGUGGGCGCGGAGCCCUUCUACCACCUCUUCGAUGGCCAGGCACUCCUCCACAAGUUCGACUUCAAGGAGGGGCACGUCACCUACCAUCGAAGGUUCGUCAGGAGCGACGCCUAUGUGAGAGCCAUGACCGAGAAACGGAUCGUGAUAACGGAAUUCGGCACCUACGCCUACCCCGACCCCUGCAAGAACAUCUUCUCCAGGUUUUUUUCGUACUUCAAAGGCGUGGAGGUCACCGAUAACGCCCUUGUGAAUGUCUACCCUAUCGGCGAAGAUUACUAUGCCUGUACCGAGACCAACUUUAUAACCAGAAUUAACCCCGAUACUCUAGAGACGCUUAAGCAGGUGGAUCUCUGUAAAUACGUGUCUGUCAACGGGGCAACGGCUCAUCCCCAUGUGGAAAAUGACGGGACCGUUUACAACAUCGGCAAUUGCUUCGGAAAAAACUUUGCGCUCGCCUAUAACAUCAUCCGGAUCCCUCCGCUUCAGGCAGACAAGGAAGACCCCAUCAACAAGGCGGAGGUGGUGGUGCAGUUCCCCUGCAGUGACCGGUUCAAGCCCUCCUAUGUUCACAGCUUUGGCCUGACCUCCAACUACAUCGUGUUUGUCGAAACGCCGGUGAAAAUCAACCUCUUCAAGUUCCUCUCCUCCUGGAGCCUUUGGGGAGCCAACUACAUGGACUGCUUCGAGUCCAACGAAACCAUGGGGGUCUGGCUUCACGUGGCAGAGAAGAAGAAAGGCAGGCUCCUGAACAUCAAAUUCCGCACCUCCGCCUUCAACCUCUUCCAUCACAUCAACACCUACGAGGACAAUGGAUUCCUCAUCGUCGACCUCUGCACCUGGAAGGGGUUCGAGUUUAUUUACAAUUACCUCUACUUGGCCAACCUGCGAGCCAACUGGGAUGAAGUGAAGCGACAGGCGGAGAAAGCCCCACAGCCCGAGGCGCGCAGAUAUGUCCUGCCCCUCAACAUCAACAAGGCUGACACAGGCAAGAACCUGGUCAAGCUGCCCUACACGACAGCAACGGUGUUACUGGGCAGAGACCAGCCAGAAGUUAUUUUCUCGGGGCCGCGCCAUGCCUUUGAAUUUCCACAGAUCAACUACAAGAAGUACAGCGGGAAACCUUACACGUACACAUACGGGCUGGGGCUGAACCACUUUGUCCCAGACAGGCUUUGCAAGCUUAAUGUUAAAACAAAGGAGACCUGGGUGUGGCAGGGGCCGGGUUCAUACCCAUCGGAGCCGAUCUUCGUUUCCCAUCCGGAUGCGCUGGAGGAAGAUGAUGGGGUUGUGCUGAGCAUCGUGAUCAGCCCGGGCGCGGGGCCGAAGCCCGCCUACCUCCUCAUCCUGAGCGCCAAAGACAUGAGCGAGGUUGCCAGGGCUGAAGUGGAGGUGAACAUCCCUGUGACUUUCCACGGACUCUUCAAAAGAGCGUGACUGCUGCCUGCACCACGUCACCUUAGGAUUCUUCCAGCUCCAGAAAGGUGCAGUCGCUGUUUACAAGCAC